GUUGUAUGUAUGGAGCAUGUAGUGUACUCCUUAUGCACAUUGACUGAUAAAUAACCGUGAUGAUACAGUGUAGCUAUAUGGAUAACGAGGAGUUAGAAAGGCUUGCCCAACAAGAACUUUUGCUGGAAGCAAAAAGAGCCAAAUCAAGAGCAGAAGAAGUAGGACCUGUGGGAUGGCAGAGAUGCCCUCUUCCAGUAACCAACAAGAGGUUUCUACACAAUGUAUUAGCAAGUACACUGGAACCAAAGAAAAAGAAAUCCAGAAAAACAGAAACCUAUAAAACCAAAAAAAAGGAAAAAAGUCGGAAGCUAGUACAGAAGGAAAGAUACAAAAAAAGGCCAAGCAAGGAUGAGAAAAAAUCCAGUAAAGAUGGACAUAAACCCCACAAGGACAAAUUAAAGCAAAAACGUCCCAACUUGUUGCAAGGAAGAAUAAAUGCUCUAUGUAAAAUAAAGCAUCCACCUUCAAGCCCGCCAACUGCUUCGAAUUGGUACCAAAAAGCUACUGUUUUUUAUAAGUGCCAUGCUCAAGGAAGAACAGAUCACUUAAUUUGAUUAUUUUACAUUACCACUAUAGAAGUACAGAAAAAGUGAACUAUUUUUCUACACAGAGAAAUUUUGGCUCUUUGUAUACAGUUAUUUCAUUGAAUUUGUGUUACCUGGUUAUUGUCUUGAAGUAGAGACAAAUUAGUACAUUUAUUGUUACUCAAAUAUUUUUUUUUACCUUCUUGGAAGGUUGAGCCUUACAGAAAAUUAAAAUUACUCUCAAGUAUUAUAACUAAUGGUUAUUCUGAGUUACUAUUAUCAUUAAAUUAAACCAUUAAAUAAAAUAUCUCAAGUAAACCCCAGUUACAUUCAAAAGAGUCAUUGUUAAGGGUAAUAGUAACUGGCUUUUGAGUAUAGCACUGACCAAGACAUUCUAGGUGCCUUAUGGGCUGGGAAGGAUUGAGGACCUCAUGGUCCUGUACAAGAAGUGGCUACUUCUUGUACUUAUAUUUAAUAUAUACUUAUAUUUAAUAACUUUGUUAUGAGACAAAAGCAACUAUGGAAAUUUGUUCUUAGAGUUACAAUUCCUUUAUUGAACACCAAAACAUGAUCACCUCUGGCUAAACUGAUUGCUUGUUGCAAACUCAGUACAAAAGAGCUCUUGUGGCACACUUUUGAAAUCACUGUACUGAAGAGUGAGGACUGAAGUCAACUUUCUUUCAUAAAAUACAGUCAAGUAUACACUGAGAUUGUCAAUGGAUUGUUAUUAUUAGGAAAAAGACUCCAGUGUUACUUUCCUUGCCAUUUCUCCUAUUUUCCUUGUGUAUGUACACUUGGGGGUGCCUUCAUUACAAAUAUGGUUCCCUUUUACAUGUUCCUUCAUUUUUUGCCUGUUAGAGAAGACUGCUGUGAGAUCCAACAACAAAGUCAACAAAAUGAGGUUCUGCAAUAAUAAAACAAGAUAAUAAUGA